AUGAACUCGAAAUUUAUCUCUUUUGCUUUAAGCAUCUUUAUUCUCUCAAUCUAUACCUUAUCAGUUUCGGCAGUUGCUCAUCCUAAAAUUUAUAAAAAUUCAAACGAACUCUUUAAACGAACUUAUGAAAAAAAUGAUACUUGUCCUUGUACUGCUGCAUCAUCUUCAUUCUGCGGUCCUGUAGUUUGGGGAGAAGUCGUCUACGCCCAAGACGAAUGUGGAAAAACCAUUGCAACUGGUAUCUUUAGCGACGGGCUUGUUGAUCCUGAAAAGAAUUGUUAUGAUUACCUUAUUGUCGAUAAAUGCGGCAAAGUUCUCUAUAAUUUGACAAAAGCAAUAAGUCCCAAAUAUCGAAAAAAUGGAACAUGGCCAUUUUCAUCAGGAAGACUUUCCGAUCUGAAUUUAAACUGUGACGAGAAUGGAGUCCUUCUUGCUUCUUGUGAUAAUUGUACCGAUACUGAUAAACAUCAUAAACGACAAAAUACACAAGAAGGAUCGUCAUUACAAAUUCAACAAAAUGGUCAGGAUUUUGCUGCUGCGGAUAUUAACACAAUAUAA